AUGGAAGAGAAUAUAGGAUUGACACCAAAUCAAAUAGAAUUUUUAGCAGAAGAUACAAUUAUUACAAUAGUGCCCAAUUUUAAAAUGGAAUCAUUAAUUUUUUUAUCAGGCGAAUACGGCCCAUUCAUACCAUCGUUUCCAGUUAAAGUACCACUAUGGCUUGCAGUAUCAUUAAAAAAAAAGAAAAAGUGUAAUAUAGUACCCCCAGAAUGGAUGUCAUUUGAUUAUUUAGAACAACAAUAUAUACAAGAGAACAGAGUGACUGAUGGUUUCGUCGACUUACCAGAUAAUUUUAUAGAAAUAUCAACAAUGCUUCUAUCAUCAUGUCCUGAGGAUAUCAAUGAUGUAAAUAAAAUUAGAAGUUUAAUUGAAGAUAUUUUAAAUAGAAGACAGAGCAAACUAAAUAACUCUCUAAUGAACCAUCUACAAUCUUUAAAAGAUAAUGAACCAAUCAGUACAAUGGAGUUUAAAAACUUUUCAAUGAUGGAGAUCAAUAGGGUUAGAUCUUCAUUUGUUAGCGGUAUAAAUCAUUUAUAUAAAAUACAAUCUUUGGAUAAUAAUGAUAACAAUAGUAAUAAUAAUAAUAAUAAUAUUAAUAGAACACAAUCAAACAGUCAAACCGCUUCAAGAUCAAUUUAUAGUAAUACCAUUAACUUUUCAAAAUAA